AUGCCUGGAAAAAAUGCUCAAGGUGAAACAUUAGAAGACGCUCCUGUUCUGAAGUAUGUUUUCAAGCGCCAAACCAUUCAACCUGGAGAGCGUUUUUCAUUGCGAUGUGUGGCAUCAGGAAAUCCGAUUCCAAGAGUCACGUGGUCUUUGGACGCCAAGCCUAUACCUGAAAACCACAGAGUUCAAUAUGGAGAUUUCGUUAGCAUUCAUGCUGAGGUAGUGAGUUUUGUUAAUGUAAGUUCUGCUCGCUCAGAAGAUGGUGGGAUUUACGAAUGUAGAGCUCAAAACGAAGCUGGAUCAGUGAGUCAUCAAGAAAGAGUUGAUGUCUUUGGGCCACCUUUCAUUAGAAUAAUGAACAAUGUAACUGUUGUUGAUGGUGAUUCAUUGUUUUAUCAGUGCCCUGCUUCAGGAUUUCCAGAACCAGUUAUUACAUGGAGUAAAGAUGGGAAGGAGCUUCCAUUCAAUGAACGUCAACAAAUUAAUACAAACGGAAGUUUCUACAUUAAAGAUGUCACUAGAGAAACAGAUAGUGGAACUUAUGUUUGCAGUGCAGUAAACAAACAGAAAGAACGCGCCCAAAGAGAACUGCAUAUUCGAGUUAUGAAAAGGCCUGUUAUCAAUCCUUUUGGUUUUCCAAAGUCACUAGCAGAGGGAAUGCAUGUAAUUAUUACAUGUAGCGUCUUGACAGGAGAUCCUCCAAUCACAAUUCGAUGGCUUAAGGAUGGUAUGACUCUUAACAAAAAAAUGUUAAACAUAGAAGAAACGUCUAUGGGACACAUGGGAUCUUCUUUAGUUUUUAGCAGUGUUGGAAGAAGUCAUAACGGGAACUAUACGUGUUUAGCUGAAAAUGCUGCCGGGGAAUCAAAUUUUUCAGCAAUAAUGCUUGUGAAUGUACCUCCAAGAUGGCGAGUUGAACCAGUGGAUGCAUCAGCAGUCGUAGGAGAAUCAGUCACCUUUGAUUGUCAAGCAGAAGGAUAUCCUCAGCCUCUUAUUCGUUGGAAAAAAGCUAUAGGGGACAGUUCAGCCAGUCGCAAUUUUAAGUCCAUCAUCAGCAACUACCACAUUCAGACCCUGGAGAAUGGUUCUCUAAGCAUUAAAGAUCUCUCCGUGGACGAUAGAGGAUACUAUCUUUGUGAAGCAGCUAACAGUGUAGGUGCUGACCUAAGUACAGCGGUGAAACUGUCCGUCCACGUUGCUGCGCACUUCAAAACGCCAUUUCGAGUACACCGUGUCUCAAAGGAUUCUUCAUUGAGCGUCCAGUGUGAAGCGUUUGGAGAAAAACCAAUAACAAUUGAAUGGUACAAAGAUAAAGUUGUUCUGAAUUCUAAUUCUGAUACAAGAUACAGCAUCAAGAACGAACUUACACCAAAUGGAAAAACGUCAACACUUACUGUGAUAUCACCAGACAGAAGAGAUUCGUCACUCUUUUCCUGUACAGCAACCAACGCUUUUGGGAAAGAUGAUACAAAUAUACAAGUUCUAGUAGAAGAAGUUCCUGACCCACCAUCUGAUAUUAUGGCCACUGAUGUCAGCAGUAGAGGUGUUACUUUAAGUUGGAGUGUACCAUAUACGGGAAACAGUCCUGUUACGAAAUACAUGCUAUAUUGGAUGGCAGCAAAUGGAGGUGGUAGUUGGGUUUCAGAUUCAAAGAAAGCUGAAAUUCCUGGUUCCAAUACAUCUAUUUCUAUAUCCGGUCUUUAUCCCACAACAACAUAUCAGUUUAAAAUCCAAGCAGAGAAUGCUUUGGGGCGUAGUCCUUUUAGCGAAGUUAUUACUAUUUCAACGGAUGAAGAAGUGCCUAGUGAACCUCCUUUGCACGUAGAAGCCAUAGCUUUGAGCACACAUUCCAUUCGUGUUAUGUGGAAGCCACCAUCUCCUGCCAGCACGCAUGGAAAAGUAAGGGGCUACUACGUGGGUCAUAAAGUUCGAAAUUCACAAGAUCACUACAUCUACAAGACAAUCGAAGAAAGUGAAUUCGAUACUGCUCUGGAAUGUACAAUAACGAAUCUACGUCGUGCGACGGAGUACAGUAUUACUGUUCAAGCAUUUAACAAUCGAGGUGCUGGACCACCUUCCAAAGACACAUACGUGAAAACACAUGAAAACGGUAUUCAUCAAAAUCCACCACCAUCACCAAUUUUAAGAAUCGUUUCGUCUACUACAUCAGCUGUUGUUCUUUCUUGGGAAGUAUCUGCUUUAGAAAAUACUUUUGUGAAAGGUUAUAAACUGUUCUACAGAGCAGAAUUACCUGAAUGGGAUGAAGUUGAUAUUCCUGAACCCACCCAAACAUCCUAUUCCCUGAGAUCUCUGAAUUGUGGCUCACGUUAUCAAUUUCACAUCGUUGCUUAUAAUGACAUUGGUCGAAGUGAUCCCAGCGAUGUGAUUAGUCUGACAACUCAGGGAGGUUCAGUAGUAUACAUAGACUUAUGUGCUCCUCCGCUGCAAGAUUUAAAAGAGCUCGUUAUAAUAGAUUUACCACAUAAAAUUUUAAAUUAUAAUGAGGAAAAAAAAGCUAUGUUAAAAGAUAUUCAA